AAGACCCGGACUGACACAAAUCCCCAAGCUCCGAGCUCCAGCCUCCGGCGCCUUAGUCCGGCAUUCAAAUCCCAGGUUGCACUUAAAUGAUAGACGCUGCCCACGCUCGCCCUCUUUUUCAGCCACGCUUCAGAACCUGCUCUAGCCUUGAACGUGCGUCGUCUCUCGCGCGUGUGGAGGUUUGCCGAAUGCGAUGAAAACUUGACUUCAGACGAGUAUUGAUUUGCACUGAUUUGGACAGAAUUGGCUCAAUUCCAGAACAUCAAACUGGAACAUCGCCUUGAUACCCACCAUCGAGCAGCUGUCAAAAUGACACUUUAGUGGAACGAAGGAAUUCAUAUUAAAGGUUCUGAACAGGUCUUCACGAAUCGUUUCAAGAUUUUCCUGCUUUUAUAAGGUUGGAGUUGGAAUCCUGUCGUCUUACAACAAUCUCCUUCAAUAUUCACUAUGACUGAAGCGAACACUCUUGAGCAGGGACUACCCGAUGAAGUGGCAGGAAAAAUAAUAUCGAUGGUACCAUUCCCUCAUCUGUUGAAGGCCCGUGUGCUGUCCAGACCAUGGUCUUCUGAAUUCUCGGCCAGUCCUGUGAACUUGACAUUUCAAUAUCAGGUCAAAACAGUCUGCUCCAAAUGGGAAUCAUACUGCCCGGUAUAUAUCAGCCGUGAUUGCUGGCUCACGGGAUACGAUCACGUAAACGACCGAUGGCAGAAAAUGUUCAGACUAUCUUACUUUGCCGACGCUAGGAAGAUACCCAAAUUCAUUCGGUACACUUCUUCAAUGUCUGGUGCUCUACUGUGCGGCAUUCUCAACAGUGACUGUUCUUCCGUGCACGGGAUAUCAUGUCAUACAAAUAUAUUUGUUACCAACGUGAUUACAAAAGACUGGAAGAAACUACCAAGUCGGCCAGAUAUGGAAAAGCCCGAUGCAGUACAAAUUCAUGCUUCUGGAGCGUGUUCUUACACGGUGAUGGUGCUUUCUCAUCCGGAUCCACCUGAACUGAGGGAACAAUCUGUAAGAUUGAUAACAUUUCAGAUCUAUGAAUCUACAAAGCGUACGUGGACUCUGAUGGAACUCAAGUUGCACGAUUCUAUUCUUCUCGUAUAUCAAGAUUCUGUGUACAACACAUCAGACCACAAGUUUUACGUUCUUUACAGAGACGUUUUGAGAUCAUUACGCACAGACAUCGCAGCCUUCGAGUUGAUGGCAUACGACAACGUGAAAGGAUGUGCCACGCGGAUUCAGCUUAGCGUUCCCAGCAUUCGGCACAUCGACGCUGCGUAUACAACCGGUCUGGUGGAGUGUGAUGGAGAUGUGAUCCUGAUUCUCGUGAUGGAUCCCAUGAUUUACAGUGACGGUGAUUCUUUUCAUGGAUCUAUUCCUCCCUGGGAUCCAAUGUGGGGGGUGAUUUGUGCCUUCCUGCCAUCCCGGCUUCCUUCCUCCAGUGUUCUCGUUUUGAAGUUUGACCAGGAGACCCAUGGGCUUAUUCCCAUAGCCUUAGGGCCUCCUUGCACUAUAAUUGAUGCCUACUGCGAUCGGUUCACGUGUCACAACAGUUGCAUCUACCUUGCAUCUUCUAAACACGACAGCCCGGUUGUGAUUUACAAUGUGCGAGAGAAAUUAUGGAGCGCACUCUCUCCUUCUUCCGAUGUAUGUAACGGCAACAUCUUCUCCUUUCAGCCUGGCUUGGACCCAUUUGCAGCUGUCUAAGGGAUGUCAUCUUCAGGAUGAGCAAGUAUCAUAUGUACCAUGACGCAGGGAAGAGUUUGAAGCGUUAUUAGUCCCGUGACAUGGGCUCUAUCCAGCAAUCUUCUCGUUUUUCAUUCGACAUAUCUAUGGUUCGAAGAUAGCUGAAGAGGUGUAAAUUGCGUAUCGUUUCUCCAAUUUUCAUUCUCCUCCGAAUUUCUCCUUCUUGUUGUUUGUUCUAGUUUCUCGAAGCCUAGCAUGAUAUGCACAAUAUGGCCUGAAACACGCAAACUAUUAUCUGAGCUCCAAAAUCUACUAUGUAUAUCUAGCCAUUUGAAUUGACCACGAUAAUCAUGGUAAAAUGUGGAUAUAUGUUCGAACAGGAUUGAGUAGUAUGAGUUUUAUAUUAACGAGCUGUAGUUUCCUUUCUCUGAACGAUAGAAGCAACUAUCAUGGGAUAAUUAAACUCAGGGUGAUGCCAUUCAGUGCUAAAUCGAUGUUUAUCAAUGCUUUCUACGACAUUCACAUUGGUUGCUGAAACUUUAUAUAACGAACAUUAUUGUUGGGUUUAUAC